ACAUAGCUGUCAAGUCGCAUUUUCGCAUCUUUUCCUCUUUCGCGCAGUUCGGAACUUGGUGGUGCCUAUUUUCCCGUGUUCGAUAGUGGCCAAGAGUGCGGAUAGUUUUCACCGAAAUUACUCGCCACGUUAGCGAAUAAACGUAAGCAUUCGUACGAUUGAUAGAACGCGAUUGAUAGUACAGCUAGCUCUAUUAAAGCGUCCACUACAUCUGGAUGAUGUCUUAUCCACCACAAUAUUAUGGAAUUCCCAACGGUUUCCCACACACUUCCAAUGGCCAAAGUCCGCAGUAUCAGUACCCACAACAACAGCAGCAGCAGCAGCAACCACAACAACUCCAGCAGCCGCAAAGUCAAGACCAACAGCUGUAUAAGGGACAAUCUGGAGACGCAUCGAACGUAUCCAAGGGACCUACAUUGCCGAAUGGUCCUCCGCCAGCGAUAGCGAACAGUCAGCUUCCGCCCACUACAGCAAAACCGUUCACUGCUGCUGGUGCUGCUGUCGCCGGAGGACCGCCAGCGGCGGCUGCAGCAUUCCCCAUACCGUCGCAAGGAUCAGCAGUGCCUACGCAGCUUCGAACUAACAUUGUACAGAACUGGGCAACUACGAACGGGAACAGUACCACCUCGUCACGUACAUCUUCACCGGCUUUCGGGAGCAAUGGUAUGCCACCAGUGGCCGUGGCAGCCCCCAGGACGGCGCCGGCACUAGCGUCCGAACCGGCGCGGCUCUAUCCUACCACCAACGGUAACAACAACCACAACAACAACAAUCUUCCGUCGAUGGCAUCUAGUCAACUUCAACCACCGCCACCAGCCGCACCUCAGACGCUCCCGAGUGGGCAGGCUACCGCUAGCGGCUACAACCUCAGUCCCAACAACAACUGGUCCAGUGCGAAAAUGGCACAGCAGCCCGGCGCAGCCAAUCUCAUCAACACGCCACCAAAAAGUGCAUCCGGUAUGUCGACGCCACUGAACGCUUCUACGCCAACGCUGACCGGUCCGACGAUACUGGGCGGACAGCAGCAAAGUGUGCAAAAGUUAACCGCCAGCGUGCAGGAUCUAAGCCUGCAGCGGCCACCUACCAUGGGCGUUGCUGCGCAGGCAGCUGGCGCAGGAGCAGCAACGACGCAGGCGCCGAAUCAGCAGUCGCAGCAAGCACCACCAACGGUUAACGGUGGUGGGCCACCAGUUGCCUCCACCGCUACCACAAACGGUACAAUGGGCGCAGCGGCUAUGUUUGCGUCGCAUCCGGCAGGAGCGGCUGGUCGGGGGUACGGUCAAGCGCCACCACCGUCCAGUGCGCAGUAUCAACAAAUGCAGCAACAGUCACAACCACCACUAAAGCAUACACAGCAGCCGCAGCAACAAACGGCGCCAUCAUCGAUGCUUCAAGGUCCAAUGCCGAAUGGGCCUGGUAGCACUACUAAUCCAUCGCUCCAGGCGGCAGCCGCUGGGAUGGGAAAGUUUAAUGCUCCUCCACCGACAGGUGCCGCCUUGGGUUCAACUAUGCCCACAGCACUCAGUGCCGGACAAACGCCAUUGAACAAAAGGCCCAUGUAUCCCCCGGCAUCGGCGAUGGCUGGUGCUGCUCCUCCGCCAGCGAGCGGUGGUCAGGUUCCGUCGCAAAACCCGUACACUGCUAUGAUGCAACAACCUGGCGCUCCGGUGCAGACCCAGCCACAGCAUCAAUUUCCAUCCCAACAACAGCAACAGUUCCAGCAGCCACCACAGCAACAGCAUCAGCAGAAUCAACAACAGUUCCAUCCGCAGUAUAUGCAGCAGCAGCAACAGCAGAUGCAACCUCAGCAACAAAUGCAUCAGCAGCAACAACAGCGUCAGCAGUACGAUCAGAGCAAAUAUCAGGCGGGAUACGAUGACGGUGGGUACGGGCGAGAUUACUCGAGAAAUGUUGUGCGCACUGGCUUCAACAGCCUGUGGGGCACCAAUGCGGUCGACUUGCUGCAGAAUCGACACGUUUUACCCACCGAUCGAGUGACUCCACCGUCGAUACAUUUGGUGAAUCCGCUGCAAAGCUCGGCCAAUUGCAAUCCGGACAUAUUCCGAUGCACUCUAAACAAGAUACCGGAAUCAUCGUCCCUGUUGCAAAAAUCACGCCUACCACUGGGAUUGUUGAUUCAUCCGUUCCGGGAUUUGAAUAACCUGCCCGUUAUCUCCUGCAACACAAUCGUACGCUGCAAAUCCUGCCGGACGUACAUAAAUCCAUUCGUGUUCUUCUCGGAUAGCAAAAAGUGGCAGUGCAAUCUUUGCUAUCGUACAAACGAUCUGCCGGAAGAAUUUCAGUAUGAUCCAGUUACCAAAACCUAUGGCGAUCCAACCAGAAGACCGGAGAUCAAGUCCAGUACGAUCGAAUUUAUUGCUCCAUCAGAAUACAUGCUGCGUCCACCACAACCGGCCAUCUAUCUGUUCCUAUUAGAUGUAUCAUCGCUAGCCCAACAGUCGGGCUACCUGUACACGGUUUGCAAUACACUGAUGGAGCAUCUGGAUUCCCUGCCCGGGGAUGCCCGUACGCAGGUCGGAUUUAUUGCGUACAACAGUGCUAUUCAUUUCUACAACAUUUCUGAAGAAUACAAUCAACCGCAUGAGGUGACGGUUUUGGAUGUUGAAGACGUGUUUCUUCCGUACCCGGACAAUCUGCUAGUGAACUUGAAGUCGUGCAAAGAGCUGGUCAAAGAUCUACUGAAACAAUUGCCCAAACGAUUCGAACACACACACGAUACUCAUAGUGCUCUGGGAGCGGCGUUACAAGUGGCAUAUAAGCUGAUGAGCGCUUCCGGUGGACGUGUUACAGUGUUCCAGACAUGUUUACCCAACUACGGUCCGGGAGCACUGCAGUCAAGAGAAAAUCCAAACAAUCGUUCCUCGAAGGAAGUGGCCCACCUAGGACCGGCUACAGAUUUUUACAAACGUCUCGCUUUGGAGUGCUCCGGUCAGCAGAUUGCUGUCGAUGUAUUUUUACUAAAUAGUCAAUACUGUGAUUUAGCAACAAUUUCUGGCAUUAGCAAAUUUAGCGGUGGCUGCAUGCACCAUAUCCCGCUGUACAGUGAAUCGAAGCCGCAGCUAGUGAAAACGCUUCGCAAGUCGUUGGAGCGUUAUCUGACGCGUAAGAUUGGGUUCGAGGCGGUGAUGCGGGUACGGUGCACUCGGGGGUUGACAAUACACACAUUCCACGGUAACUUCUUUGUCCGCUCGACGGACCUACUGUCCCUGCCGAACGUGAAUCCGGACGCAGGCUUUGGAAUGCAGAUAACGUACGAGGAAAGCUUAACCAAAAUCAAGACGGUUUGCUUCCAAGCGGCCCUGCUCUACACGAGCAGCAAGGCAGAGCGACGUAUCCGCGUGCACACGCUGUGCAUACCGGUUACGGAAAGCCUGUCGGAGGUGAUGUACUCGGCCGAUCCGCAGUGCAUAGUCGGGCUACUGUCGAAGAUGGCCGUCGAUCGUUCCGUAACGUCCAGUCUGUCCGAUGCCAGAGAUGCCUUCAUUAAUGCAACGGUCGACAUCAUCAGUGCGUUCAGGCUGGUGCAAAAUCUGGCCCAAACGUCGAGCAAACUAAUGGUGCCGGAAAAUCUGCGACUGCUGCCUUUGUACAUACUGGCCAUGUUGAAGCAUCCUGCUUUCCGCACGGGGACGAGCACACGGCUAGACGAUCGUGUGUUUGCCAUGAGUGAAAUGAAAUCCCUUCCGCUGGAUCAACUGAUGCGGUACAUCUAUCCCGAUUUCUACCUAUUAGAUUGCCUGUUUGUAUCGGGUAACGGUGGUUACGUCGAUGACGGACACAAGCUAGAGCCGCCACGAUUGCACUUAUCAGCCGAGAAGCUAGACUCUCGAUCGAUGUUUUUACUUGAUUGCGGUCCGUACAUGUACAUUUAUAUCGGCUCCAAUGUGGCUUCAAGCAUAGUGCAUGAUAUCUUGGGAUACAACUCAGUCGCUGAAAUACCUGAUUUUUGCAUCGAUCUACCCAGUCGGGAAACGAAAGCGAGUGAAGCUUUGUUAAAUUUCUUGGAUAUUGUAAAUGAAGAAAAACCUUACACAUCGUAUGUGCAAGUCAUUCGUGAUACCAGCCAAUUUAGGUCGGCAAUGAUAGAGAAAUUCGUAGACGAUCGUAAUCCAAAUUCGCUGUCCUACUACGAGUUUUUGCAGCAUUUAAGUACGCAAGUAAAAUAAACAAUGCGAUGGUGCAGUGUGUAAAUGGCCACGAACCAGAGGAUUUUUUCUACAUCAGCUCUUCAAAGAUAAACAUUGUUUGCAACUAAAAGGUAUCAUUGUAUGUAUAUAGCAUACUUACUAAGCUGAACUGUUUUGCGGGUACGCUCGUGGUGCAAACACAAUAAACCUACAAUGCAUAUUUCGCAUACACAGUUGUGUAGCUAUGGUGAGGUAGCGACAUUCAAACAUAAGUUCGAUCGAUUUUAAAACUCUUAAAAUACCGAUGUUGCAACAGACGUGUCCCGAAACUAUAAACACAGGUCUUCAAAACGGAACGAGCUAGCAUAAUAGAGAGAGUGUGUGUGUGUGCGCGCGUGUGUGUAUGUGUGUGUGUGUGUAGAAAUAUUGCUUUGGCAUGGGUUGAUCUAUUAUAAUCCCAAAUAGUGCGUAUUAAAGCCCGACAGUGCAUUAAGCAGACGGUUAUAAACAAUUGGAACAAAAAAUGGAAAGUGGAAAUUUGUGAACCAGUAGCAGUAAUGGGACACACCAUGGUGUAUCAGCAAGUAGAAUAGUUAGUGUGGCAGGUAUGAUAUCUUAGUUUUAAUUUAGGAAACAAAUAAUGAAUAAACAGAAAACAAGUACCCAAUAAUGUAUGGCAUAUUCCAACGAACCAAAUCAAAAUGUUAUAUGCAAGCGAACGUUGUAGACAUUUUAGUACAGGAGAUCGGGAAUAUUACACAUUUGAUUGUUUUUCUCGCGUAGUCAAAUGAACCGUUUUCCUAAUACUAGACAAUUUAUUCGAAACAGCAGAAACUCAGGCGUUGGUUGGGCAGCCACCACCAGGCUCGUACGAACGAGCAGGACAGCAAGGAAAUAAGAAUUACACGUAAUGAUCGAGCUGUUUGCUAUGAAGUACUUUUGAAAAUACUAUUCGCACGUUACAACGCUAUCGAAGAAUGUGGGUUCUUUAACGACCCUAGAUAUUGAAAAACCAAAAUCUACACCGAUGCAAUUUUCAUGUUAAAGUUCUAUGUUGUCCCUCUUCUAUACAUAACCCUUAGCUUUAUAUACUAUAUGUUCAUACAGGUUCAAUGAUUAACUUCAGUCUAGGGUUGAUUGUGUUGUUUUUCAGUGCCCUAUACAUUUUCCCUGCGCAAAACCAGACCAGAAGUCCAAUGAUGUGGUUUAUUUGAGGUUUAGAUAAUAAAAAAUUCUCAUUCUCAAACCGUUAAAAUCUGUUUCUUUUACAGCUUGUUCAGUGCAGUGUUGAGGAGCUAACAAGGUUAAGUCGCAUAUGAUGCGUACUUUUGCAAUUUUGUUUGAAAUAAUACUUUUUGCUAAGUUAUUCAUGCCUAUUUGUAAGAACGUAGCUUAAUCAAGAUGUCAGGUUGCGCUGCAAUAGGAAAAAAACGCCCUUCCGUUUUAAUGUAGGCUGCCGUUGUUUAAUUUUGUCUUUCGGUUUGCCCGUCCAGUGUGAGAUAAAAUGCAGAGAAACACGCGUGACGCAUUGUGAAGAUUCAAAAUGCAGGUAUGCCAGAACUAGAUCACAUUUGUUAGUUAGAAUGUUUGGUUGACAAACAAAUCAACAUAAGCUAGCGGGGAGGAAUUUAUGUAGUGCGGGAUAGUGGAAGAAUUUGGUGUAAUAUAUCUGUAACGAGUAAGGCUUAUAAACAUGAGAUAAAAUACCAAUCCGCAAAUUUGUUUGGCAUGUAA